CGACGACCGAAUUCAAGAUGUCGUCCACUCUUCCAGAGUAGGGAGAAGAAGCAGAUGAGCAAGAUCCGGUCCCCUCCUCCGACGAUGCCCCACCGCAACCACCCUCCGGUGACGACGCUCCCUCUCGUCGUCACCCUCAGCUGUGUCGAAGAUUGUGCUCUCGAGCAGGACUCCCUCUCCGGCGUCGCCCUCGUCGAACACGUCCCCCUCAGCCGCAUCGCCGACGGCAAGAUCGAAUCCUCUUCCGCCGUUUUCCUCCAUUCCCUCGCUUAUCUCCCACGCGCCGCCCAGCGCCGCCUCCGUCCCCACCAGCUCAUCCUCUGCCUCGGCUCCGCUGACCGCUCCGUCGAUUCGGCCCUCGCCGCCGACCUCGGUCUCCGCCUCGUCCAUGUCGACACUUCCCGCGCCGAGGAAAUCGCCGAUACCGUCAUGGCUCUCAUCCUCGGCCUGCUUCGCCGCACGCACUUGCUCUCCCGUCACGCUCUCUCGGCUUCGGGGUGGCUCGGAUCGGUUCAGCCGCUUUGUCGGGGAAUGAGGCGGUGCCGUGGUCUGGUUUUGGGAAUCGUUGGUAGAUCCGCGUCUGCUCGGUGUUUGGCUACGAGGAGCUUGGCUUUCAAGAUGAGUGUGCUCUAUUUUGAUGUUCCGGAGGGAGAUGAAGAACAACGCAGGCCCUUGAGAUUCCCACGUGCUGCCCGAAGAAUGGAUACAUUGAAUGAUCUAUUAGCAGCAAGUGAUGUAAUUUCACUUCACUGCGCAUUAACAAAUGAUACAGUUCAGAUAAUUAAUGCGGAGUGUCUGCAGCAUGUAAAGCCUGGGGCAUUUCUUGUAAACACGGGAAGCAGUCAGUUGCUGGAUGAUUGUGCUGUGAAGCAACUUCUUAUUGAUGGCACUUUAGCUGGCUGUGCUCUUGACGGUGCUGAAGGACCACAGUGGAUGGAAGCAUGGGUGAAGGAAAUGCCAAAUGUAUUAAUCCUACCACGCAGUGCAGAUUAUAGUGAGGAAGUAUGGAUGGAAAUACGGGAAAAGGCCAUCUCUAUCCUGCAAUCGUUUUUCUUCGAUGGUGUAAUUCCAAAUAACACUGUUUCUGAUGAGGAAGUUGAGGAGAGUGGAGCUAGUGAAGAAGAUGAACAACCAUCUAUCAAGUAUGCAAAAUCAGCACCAAUGGAACCCACCAGUAGGCAACAGGCAGAAAGUACACUCACUAAUAGCGGAAUCGUCCAGAAAAAGGUUAGCAGUGAGUUAAAGGACUCUCCUAGCUCUGGUCAGCAGCAAAGUUCUGCUCUGCCUCAAGAUACUGCCGCGAAAGCUGAGGUAAGACGUAGCAGAUCAGGGAAGAAAGCUAAAAAGAGGCAUUCACAGCAAAAAACCAUGCAAAAGCCUGACGAUGUUUUGGGGUCACAUAUAGAAAGUGCUUCAAGGGGAGAGGAUACUGCCAUGAGUGACACUGAAGAAGUAUUAAGUUCAAGUUCUCGGUGUGCCUCUCCUGAAGAUUCAAGAAGCAGGAAAACACCUCUAGAAUUGAUGCAGGGCUCCUCUUCUGAGCAGAUUGUAAUGUCAAGCAAGAAGUUCAGCGGAAGGUCCAGUGAACUGCUGAAAGAUGGCUAUGUAGUAGCUUUGUAUGCCAGAGACCUCACGGGACUCCAUGUUUCCAGACAAAGAACUAAAGGCGGUGGUUGGUUCCUGGAUGUAAUGUCCAACGUAACGAAACGGGAUCCCGCUGCCCAAUUCAUCAUCGCCUACAGAAACAAGGAUUCUGUUGGUUUGCGGUCUUUUGCAGCUGGCGGGAAGCUAUUGCAGUGUGUGAGCUUUUGCAGAUUAAUAGAAGAAUGGAGUUUGUGUUUGCUAGCCACAGCUUCGAUGUGUGGGAGAGUUGGUUGCCAGAAGGUUCUUUGGACGAAUGCCGCCUUGUUAACUGCCGGAAUUCCUCUGCUGUAUUGGAGGUGAGGGUGGAGAUUCUGGCAACCGUUGGAGAGGACGGUAUCACACGUUGGAUUGACUAAUAGCUUCGUUUUUGUGAGUCUCUGGGUUAUUAACUCUAAAUGGAGCCUCUGGAUUUCGAAUUUAACAAUGGUGUGGUUUUGGUAUCAAAUGUGGAUCAAUUUUUAUCUGUAAACAGUUGAGCCUGCGGUUCUUCGAGCGAAUACCAUGACCUUUUUUGGGUCUUCUAAUUGUUUUGUGUUAAAUAGGGUUGUGGGUGUAUU